AUGGGCGUGGAGUCCAUUGAUGUUUACCAUACGGAUAAUGUGCCGGGACCGAAUACCUACCCUGAAACCAGCCAGCAAUGUUUGGUUACUUCGCAUGCUUCGGACUUUGCCGAGGCGACUCAAUAUACACACCGAGAAGAUACCACGAGAGGACCUGAAUGGACACCAGGCGUGAGAGAGUGGCUCGUCACGAUAUGUAUCUCAAUCUUAGUAAUGAUGGAUGCGUUUAACAUGACUGUGGUCAUUCCCCUAAUACCAGGUUUCUCGGACGUCUUCCGACAACCUCUUGAAAACACCCUUUGGGUAAAUACUUCCUACCUUAUUGGCAAUGCUUCUGGCCAAGCUGUUUUUGCCAUGUUAGCCGAAGUACUUGGACACGGAUCUGUUUUACUUUCGUCUGCUGUUCUCGCAACAAGUGGUACGGGCAUAUGCGGCGGUUCGUUGAACCUAUCUGUGCUGGUAGCGGGUCGAUUCGUCCAAGGGAUUGGUGGAGGAGGGGUGAUGGGAGUUUCGCUUUUGAUUAUCUCCGACCUUAUUCCGAAGUCGCAUUGCGUCCAAUUUUCUACUUACGUAUUUCGCGCACAGGUGAUUGGUAUGAUCAUAGGCUCCAUCGCUGGCGGGGUGUAUCAUGACUACACUACUUAUAUUUGGGCUUUCUAUUCAAGUUUUGUGUUCUGCGCGAUUGGGCUCUUGGUGAUUCCAUUUGCACUUGACCUAAAGGGGCACGGUCAGGAAAGCAAGGGGACUCAUACGGGAAGUUUCCGUACAAUGGACUGGAUAGGGGCCCUGUUGAUCCUUCUUAGUAUUGGAUCUCUACUUACAGGAAUCAGCUGGGGUGGGACGCUGUAUGCCUGGGAUAGCUGGCAGAUAUUGUUACCGAUUUGCAUUGGUGGCAGCCUAAUGGUCAUUUUGGCCCUUUUUGAGACAAUGUGGGCCACGCAGCCAAUGUUCAGCUCAAAGGUGUUUCGGGACCUCCCGUCAAUAAUGCUGCAGACAGGCGGUUUUCUGCAUGGAUUCAUUGUUUCUUCUCACCUCCAUUGCCUGUCGCUGUAUCUCAUCUUCGUCAAGUCCCUCAAUAGUACAUGGAUAGGACUGAGUCUAGUUGCUCUUACGGGUCUAGCUGUACCUACCCUCAUGAUAUCGGGCACAGGGCAGCUGUUUCGGCGGCCACACCUUUCUGCCUGGAUUGCUCGUAUAGGUUGGUUGUUUACUAUUACCGCGACGGGAUGUUCCAUCUUGCUCAACACAUCGAUCCCGACAAUAGGUUGGCUGGUUAUCUUCCUGACUGCGGGACUGGGUUAUGCUCUGCUUUUAUUGGGACAUAACGUUUGCAUCCAUAUAAAUGCUCUGCAGGUCUACCCUAGUCGAGAAAACGGUGAGAGUGGGAAGGUCUCCACCUCGUCCAUCCUGAUCUACUCGAUACUACGCACAUGGGGCAUGUGCAUCGCCAUACCCAUCAGCGGAACUAUCAUAUUCAACUACCUAUAUGCAAGAGACAUCCCUGAUGUAUCGAUCGGGUAUACGGCUCGCCACCCUUGGGGAUACCUACCCCAGGAACAAAAGGCCGCUUACGUCGGCGCACUUCGAGCCCUCUGGCAAGGGUACACGGGCAUCGCCGCUUUGGGAGGAAUAUCGUCUUUAUUUAUUCGGUCUGCAAGUGGAGCAUAA